GCAGUGGCAAUCAUGAUGGUACUACACCACCCAGGCUGUGUGCACCCUUGAAGACCAGACAUAAAUGGGUGAUACUUUAAUGAUUAUCAGCUCGGUGUACGAAUCUGUAGCCCACCCUCACACUCUUCAUGAACAGUUCAAGUAUCGCCGCAGAGCUCCAGCAGCUUGAACAAUAUGAAACAUAUGAGCUCAUUGUCCGCCAACUUGGAGUCUCCGCUGCUGCAUUGUACGUGUGGGACUUUAUUCUUACAUUUCAUGAUGAGGUUACCAUUCUAUGGGGAACAAGGUGGACAAUAUCAAGGAUUUUAUUCUUCAUCAAUCGCUAUUUUGGACUUGGUGCAAUCAUUGCCUCUACCUUCUUUGAUGUUCAAACGAACCCAACCACACCCAUAUGUCAUGGGUUCACGAACUUCGACAUUGUUGGAGUUCUCCUCGUUUUGAAUAUCGAAAUCAUUCUCCUUCGACGCUUAUUCGUUCUUUAUGACCACAAAAGACUGAUCGUGAUCCCCAUGUUGGCAUCAUUUUUGGCAGUCUUUAUCACUAUGAUGGGAAUAGCUAUUGCACUGAGCAUAUACUCUCAAGCCAAUGAAUAUGUGAUAUCUGGCUUAUGCACAGAAUCAACCCCAAGCUGGUUCCUUCCAUUCUGGAUUCCGCUCAUGGCCUUUGACUUCGUCAUCAUGACACUUGCUGGUUUCAAAUCUGUGCAGCACUACCGCCAUGUUCCCAACAAAAAUUGGUCUGGUGCUCGGUUCAUGAAGACUCUGGCAAGAGACUCUUUUAUCUACUUUGCAUGCAAUUUCUUCAACUACUUGGCCAUCACACUUAUAUUUCAGCUUGCACCACCCGAGUUCCUCCAACUAGGAGCAAGCUGGACAAUUGUGAUACCUCCAAUCACCGCCAACCACCUUCUCAUAAAUAUGGAGCAAUCUCGUUUCACAAACACCAACUCCGCUACGAACUCAACUAGUAGUGUGGAAUCCGACUCAUCAGAGGAAGUGGAGUUGAGGCAAUAUCGCAUUCCGAAUACUACACUGCUCGCUGUCGCAUAAGGAGUGUCACAGUGACUACUAGGACGAUAGUUUACCCUGCAGAUGUUUCUGUUGUAUUUUUUUUUCCCGUUAUGCCUUAAGUUAUCAGCAUGUGUCAAAUACUUGAAUAUACUCAGUAUGGGUCAAAGAAAG